GCAGUGGUUGUCCUCCAGUCGAUCACUCACUCUGCAUACUGCCAUUUGCUCUUGACUUAUCACUUUCUUCUCUCUAAAAUUAUUGUUUGUAUUCUCUCUCUAAAAGGUUCUACCCUUUUCCUCUGCAACUUUAUCGGCCACUCUAUCUCUCUCUAACCCCUGAGAAAAUGGCCCUUUCUUACCCAAAAAUCCUGGUCUCCGCCUCUGUCACACCUGAAAUCCCCAUAGUUUCGGCGAAAUCAACAAAAUUCCCUUUGAUCUCCGCAUCCGUAACUCCAGAAACCCCUAGAUUUUCCACGAAAGCGCCGAAAUUACCCCCGAGAGAAAUUCCCGGCAGCUACGGCCUCCCCAUACUCGGCCCCAUCAGCGACAGACUCGAUUACUUUAAGGGACGUGACGAGUUCUUCAAAUCCCGAAUGCAGCGUUACCAGUCCACCGUUUAUCGGACCAAUAUGCCCCCGGGUCCCCCCAUCGCCUCCGAUCCGCGCUGCAUCGUCCUGUUGGACGGCGUCAGUUUUCCGGUGCUUUUCGAUAACGAGAAGGUCGAGAAAAAGGACCUCUUUACGGGCACCUAUAUGCCGUCUGUAGAGCUAACGGGCGGCUACCGAGUCCUUUCUUACUUGGACGUCAGAGAACCGAGUCACAGCCGCCUCAAGCGGUUCUUGUUCGGCGUGUUGGAGGCAAGCCGGAACCGUAUUGUGCCCGAGUUUUCGACGGCCAUGACUGAGCUAUUCAGCGAGGUGGAGGACAAAUUAUCGGCCGAUGGGAAAGCCGAUUUUAACAGCCCGAACCAGCAGGCGUGCUUCAAUUUCCUGGCGCGUGCGCUGCUGGGGCACGACCCCGCCGAGCCCGGCCCGGACAAGCUUGGUAAAGACGCCCCGACUCUAAUCCAGAAGUGGGUCGCGUUCCAACUCUACCCGAUUCUUUCACUCGGGCUGCCUACGCCCAUCGAGGAGGUGCUGCUCCGCACGACCGGCCUCCCCACCUUCCUGGUGAAGAACGACUAUGAACGUCUCUUCAAAUUCUUCAAUUCCUCGAAGACGAAGCCACUGGAAAUUGCCGAUGAGUUGGGGAUCGACCGGGUGGAGGCCUCCCAUAACCUCCUCUUCGCGACCUGCUUCAACACCUGGGGUGGCCUGAUCAUAGUCCUCCCGGGCCUCAUGAAGUGGGUAGGGCGCGCGGGCGCAACCCUGCACCGCGAGCUGGCUCAGGAGGUCCGGGCUGCAGUCCAGGCCACAAGCCAGCACAGCUCGUCGGGGCUGAGCCCCGCCGCUCUAGCCCAGAUGCCCCUGGUCAAGUCCUGCGUCUACGAAGCCCUGAGGAUCGAGCCGCCGGUGCCUACGCAGUACGGACGAGCUAGGAAGGACCUGAUCAUCGACUCGCACAUUUCCAGUUUCAGGGUUCGGGCAGGUGAAAUGCUGUGCGGGUACCAGCCAUUUGCGACUCGUGAUCCGCUGAUUUUCGACCGACCCGAGGAGUUCGUUGCGAAGCGGUUCAUGGGCGAAGAGGGAGAAAAGAUGCUGAAUUAUUUGUUAUGGUCGAACGGUAAAGAGACGGAGGACACGACCGAAAAUAACAAGCAGUGCGCUGGCAAAGAUUUCGUGGUGAUGGUGGCGCGGCUUUUCCUGGCGGAGUUGUUUUUGAGGUACGACUCGUUCGACGUGGAAAUUUCAUCGGCAAAGCUUGGCUCGGCGGUCGCGAUUACGUCGCUGAAACGAGCAACGUUUUGAAGCCUGGGGAUUUGCUCUCUGGAUUUGAUCUCAGAGCGUUAAUAAAUGCUUGUUUAGCGCUCAUUUCGCACUUUUAUGUCGCUAGUACGCAAAUAAAUGCUUGGAAAUCACUGCAUUUUAAAUGCGCCUCUUUGUAUCAUACCAAGAGUUAAUGUGAGCAAUGCUGCCCUGUCUUUUUUUCCCGUCCCCCUCGAGGGGCCGUGCCUGCCAGCUAAAAAAGUUUAGUUU